UGAAUCGAAUCUGCGAACGUCGAUCAGCAAAUAGAGAAACAGCGGCGUGCCGGCAGGAUCGAGCCGUCACAGACAGACAGAGACGGAGGACCAUGACAGACCAUAAAACGAGCAAAGAGCAGAAGUACGACCGGCAGCUCAGGUUGUGGGGAGAUCAUGGACAGGAAGCGCUUGAAAAUGCUCACGUGUGUCUCAUCAACGCUACCGCAACCGGCACUGAGAUCCUCAAAAACCUUGUGCUGCCAGGAAUCGGAGCGUUUACCAUAGUUGAUGGCCACAAAGUGUCAGGAGAGGAUGUUGGAAACAACUUUUUUCUCACCAGCUGCAGUAUUGGAAAGAACAGGGCUCAGGCUUCUACUGAACUGCUGCAGGAGCUCAAUAGCGACGUGUCUGGAAACUUUGUAGAAGAGAGUCCUGAUAAGCUUUUGGACAACGACCAUGAGUUUUUUCACAGAUUUAGUCUGGUAAUUGCCGUCCAGCUUCCAGAAAGCACAUGUUUGAGGCUGGGCAGUGUGUUAUGGGAGGCUGGUGUGCCGUUCCUUGUAUGUCGAACAUACGGACUCAUCGGUUACAUGAGGCUGGUUGUGAAAGAGCACACGGUGGUCGAAUCUCAUCCAGAUAAUGCGUUAGAAGACCUGAGACUAGACCAGCCUUUCACCGAGCUCAAACACCACAUAAAGUCGUACGACCUGGACAGCAUGGAGAAGAAGGAUCACAGUCAUACGCCAUGGAUAAUUGUUGUUGCCAAAUACUUGGAAAAGUGGUAUAGUGAGCACAACUCUCAGUUACCGAAGAAUUAUAAGGAAAAGGAAGCUUUCAGACAACUCAUCAGAGAAGGAAUCCUUACGAAUGAGAACGGAGCGCCCGAGGACGAAGAGAACUUUGAGGAGGCCAUCAAGAAUGUGAACACGGCCCUGAACCCCACCAAGGUCCCCAGUUCGACGGAGGACAUUUUUAAUACCGAGCAGUGUGAAAAUAUUACCUCGCAGAGCCAGUCCUUCUGGGUGAUGGCACAAGGAGUGCGGGACUUUGUUCGAAACGAGGGGAACGGAAAGCUACCCGUGCGAGGAACCAUCCCAGACAUGAUUGCCGAUUCGGACAAAUUCAUCAAGUUACAAAACGUCUACAGAGACAAAGCCAUGAAAGACGCAGCAGCUGUGUCCAAACACGUUGAAGCACUUUUACAAUCGGUUGGAAAGCCUCCAGAGAGCAUCUCUGAACAGGAUAUCAAACUUUUCUGUAAAAACGCAGCUUUCCUCAGAGUGGUGCGCUGCAGGUCUCUGGCAGACGAAUACAGUAUGGACACUUUCAAUAAAGAUGAAAUCACGUCCUGUAUGGACAGCACAGACAGCGAGAUGGUUCUGUACCUCAUGCUCCGCUCCGUCAAUCGCUUCUAUCAGCAACACUCCCGAUACCCAGGUGUCUACAAUUACCAGGUGGAAGAAGACAUUAACAAACUCAAGCUGUGUGUAAACAGUCUUCUACAGGAGUACAGCCUGAACGUCAACGUGAAAGACGACUACAUCCAUGAGUUCUGCCGUUAUGGAGCUGCUGAGCCACACACAGUCGCCGCUUUUCUGGGAGGAUCAGCAGCUCAAGAAGCCAUCAAAAUCAUCACACACCAGUUUGUACCUUUCAACAACACGUUCCUCUAUAACGCCAUGUCACAGACCUCUGCUACUUUUCAGCUUUAGAGCAAUCGUCCCUUCCAGUUGUGCUCCUCAUUCCUCUAUAAAAGUGUUGGCACUCAAGUUUGUUUGUACUUGCACUGAUCAGUGGUGUUGCUUUUUUUCAAGACAAGACCAGAACUGAUGCUGCAUACUGAAUAAAAAGUACUUCUCUAAA